CAGACAGCCGGUGAACACGGCAGACAACCUGGAGCUGAAAGCGAAAGCAAAAAGCAGCAGCAGGUCAGCGCUUAGUUCAGAGAGACGACAACACGGCGCUGCUACAGUUCACAAGAGCUCUGCAGUAUGGAGUUUAUCACAGACAUCCAUCUCAUCAUUGAUAAAACUGCUUACGUAGACUCUGGAAGACUAAUGAGGAUUCUUCAACCGUACAGUCCUGAAAAUAAAGCUUCCUGCUACAUAGUGAGAGGAACCUAUGAGGAGCUGGAGCAGCUGACCACCCAACUGCAACGGAGGCAUAGCUCCAGUCCCGUCACACGCGGAUCAACCCGUCAGCAGGACGAGCAUGCUUCACCUCAUGUCAAACCUGUGGAAGUAUCGGUGUUUGUUAUGGCCUACAUUGAGCAAAGAUGUGCCCAAGAACUUGAGAAAAUUCAAGGGAACAGCAUUGCCAUUGAAAAACAGCCUGACCCCAGAACAGUACACCAUAAACCCAGCGGCACAGUACGGGUGACUUUCAGAUCGCUCCAUGGCUCCUCGCACCGUGUCCGUGCUGACUUUGUCAGACAGCGAUUCAUCACAUUUUACCAGCGGACUGCCUCUGACCUGCAGGUCGCUUCUGUCCCUGUGGGUCCGCAUGACCACAAAGAACUGCAGAAGAGAUUUCCACGCCUCCUCUUGAAGCCCAGCCACAGAAGAUCUGAAGUAAAUGUGACCGGGCCUUUUGGACACAUUGCUAACUUAAAAGAGUUCCUUUCACAAAACAGGCCGAGCUCUAGCAAGAGUCCAGUGAACAAAGGUCCAGCAGAGGCUCCAAGCAGCAGAACCUCGGAUCCAUCUACACGCAGCAAAGAUCCCGAAGAAGAAGCAUGUCCAAUCUGUAUGGAACCGAUAGCAACCGCCGAGAAAAAGACUCUGCGGUGCAAGCACUCGUUCUGCAGAAACUGUCUGAAAACAGCCUUCGACUACAAGCCUGUGUGCCCGACUUGUGGAGAGUUGUACGGCACUUUGAAAGGGACACAACCUGAUGGAGGCGAGAUGAGGUCCACCACAAGCUCCGCAUCUCUGCCUGGAUAUGAGAAAUAUGGAACAAUAAUCAUCAGUUAUUACAUUCCAAGUGGCAUACAAAAGGAGGAGCAUCCUAAUCCCGGGCAGCCAUAUGAAGGUGCGUCCCGUACAGCCUAUCUCCCAGACUCCUCGGAGGGCCAACGGAUCCUCAAACUGCUGAGGCGGGCCUUCGAUCAGAGACUGGUCUUCACUGUGGGUCGCUCCACCACCAGCGGCAGGAACAACAUGGUCACAUGGAACGAUAUUCACCACAAAACCUCCACACAUGGGGGACCGACUCACUAUGGAUACCCAGACCCUGAUUAUCUCCGCCGAGUGGGAGAUGAACUCAAAGCCAAGGGAAUUCAAUGAGUCACUUUAAGAGACGAGACAAGACCGACCCUUUUGAAGGUUUGAGACCGCGUCAACACCAAGACCAGAUGUGUGUUAGCCAGCCAGAGCUUCCUCUCCUGUCUCCUGCAUUCACUUUCUAAUGUGUGUGUAAAGGGGGCAGGGAGAGGGGGGUUUACGGUAACACAUUUCAUAUUAGAGAUGAGUCAAGUUAUUGGUUGCAUUUGCGAGUUUUAACACAUAGGCAUAAAUCAGACAAUGCACAGGCAGAUUAGUGAAAUCCCUGCAGGUGUGGUCUUGAAAUAAAAUCACGAAUCCUCUUUAUCCGAGACCGAGACAAGACCGAGUAAAAACGUGGUCAAUUCUGAGACGAGACCUUCAAAAAGUGGUCCUAAGAUCCAUCUCGAGUACUACAACACUGCUCCUGGCACGGACAAUGUACUUCAAUUUACUUACCAUCUCUUCAAGGUGGAGCUUUCAACUCUAAUAUGAUGCUGGAUAAAUUAAUGAAUAAUAAUGCAUGUUAUUUUAAUUGGGAUAUUUUGUGAGUAAAACCUGAAUCUGCAAUGUAACCAGUAACAUUUCUGUCAGGUAAAUGUAGUAGUAAAAUGUUUUCCUCUGAAGUACACAGUAAGUCGGUAGUAUAGUUGGGUUGCUUAAAGGGCCUUCUGUAAGUGAUUGCCGAGUACAAUGAGUUAGAAUAUUAACAUUCAAUAGUGUUUUUCAUAUUUAAACAUAAUAAAUCUGUAUACCUUGGUAAUGUGGUAAAGUAAGUCUGCUCUUGGUGUUUUUGUUCCGUGAACCAGAGUGUAUUUCACCUGUGUUUCUGACCGGGUGUGACACAACUGUCCUUAAGUCUUCCAAAUGGCUUAAAUAUAUUUGAAAAAUAAGGUCUUAGAUUUUGUUCACAAAGGUCUAACACUUGUAUUAUCCUUUCAUAAAAUAACUGUUCUGUCACAAAGCAUGUAUGUAUUGACAAUAAAACGUAUUAAGUUCAA